ACUCCUUCCCUCUUGAUGGCGCUGUAACCAUUCGUAGCCUACAUCGUUUCACUAUGAAAGAUACACCAUAUUGUAUCUAUGGUUGUUAAUCCAGCAGCUAAAAGAUGUACCUUUGAUACCUUUGAUAGUAAGAGAUAUUUUGCAAAGGAAUUCUGGAGAUUUUUGUUUUGGGUUUUUCUUUUCCUUUUUUUAGAAGAACUGGUUUAAUAAAGAUAAUUUAAGUGUAGGGAAAUAUAUUAUUCAGACCCACACUCCAUUUCAGAAGGUGGCGGUAAUGCAACCAGACCGCCAUAAAAACAAGAAGAAGAAGAAGAAUCUAUUUGAAGGCAGCCUGCAUCAGGGCUUGCAGAAGUGAAUUAACUUUUGCGUUGACUGAACAAUAAUGGGAGAUCCCACAAUGCACAGAGAUUGUCCACUUGAUUGCAAGGUGUAUGUGGGCAAUCUUGGGAACAACGGCAAUAAGACAGAACUGGAGAGAGCCUUUGGCUACUACGGCCCCCUCCGUAGUGUUUGGGUGGCGAGAAAUCCUCCAGGCUUUGCCUUUGUUGAAUUUGAGGACCCGAGAGAUGCCACAGACGCUGUGAGAGAACUGGAUGGAAGAACACUGUGUGGGUGUCGUGUGAGAGUAGAGCUGUCCACUGGAGAGAAACGCUCCAGGAAUAGAGGACCACCCCCAUCAUGGAGCCGCCGCCCACGCGACGACUACAGGCGACGCAGUCCACCCCCUAGACGCCGAUCACCGAGGAGGAGGAGCUUCAGUCGAAGCCGCAGCAGGUCUCUGUCCAGAGACAGGAGACAGGAGAGGUCGCUCUCUCGUGAUGGGAACCACAAGCCUUCAAGGUCCUUUUCAAGGUCAAAGAGUCGUUCUAGGUCCAACGACAGGAAAUGAAAAUGGUGAGGAACUACACUAGUUCCUGGUAGAAGAAAUCUCCAGAAUGAUGUUAUUUGAUGUGUGAGUGUGUGUGUGUCAUGUUCCUUUGUCUCUCAUUAUCACCGUAACAAUAUGAGACUGUAACUGUGUUUACUGCAUAUGAAUAUCAAAAUUCACGGUUAUUUCUAUAGCCCAUCUGCUAUUCCAGUGAUUUUGUUUAUGUUUGCCUUUAGCAGCCACCAUUGCCUUGUUCAUGCUGAAACUCCAUAGAUUGUUUUGUAUUAUCAUUAUUUAUCAAUACGUUGAAUGUUUCUCUAUAUUUGAAUUAAAAUGUUUCAGUGA